AUGCCGACAUUCUUGGUGUCCGUAGCGGAGGGGUUGUGCGGCAUUAUGUCCAAAUGUCUUGCUACGGGUCAAGGAACCAGGUAUAGUUCCCGCGUUCCCGUCGUAUUACUCACUCUCAGUAUCGUGCUCAGAUUUGUUUUGGCCGCGACCGAGCACCUUCAUCGGCGGAUUAGUAGGCUGAGGGAUCGAGUACGACAACUCGAAGAUGCCCUCGCUGCGCUGCAAGCAAAACAGUCUUCCGAGCCUCAUCCGCUUCUCAGGGAAGAUCUAUUGAGUACAGGUGGUGACGAUGCAGAAGACUCUUUGGGGAUACCGGAGGAUGGUGGGGCGCCCACGACCGGCAUGAGCAGCGAUACAUUGGACGCGUUCGGGACGUUGUCCAUUUCAGACCACGGGAUUUCAAGAUUCUUCGGUCCUACUGGUGGUUCGGAGGUGCGUAGCUUUCUACCCUCGAGCUCACACUCUCCCGCUUCAGUGCAGCGAACUGGGAGCCCGCCAACCUCCGCGCCUUUGAACCUUUUUUCUCGGUCAUUCCCCUUCACACCGCUGGGACCCGUUGGCGACGUUCGCGUUCUGAUUGAAGAAAAACUUCCUACAUGGACUCGAGCUAUCUCACUUUGUAACACGUACUUCGAACAGGCAGGGUGGCUAUUCCAUGGCGUCACCAAGGAGCAGGUGUACGAAGAUAUGCUCCCUGCGAUAUAUCGACAGAAACGCGCAACGUCCUCCCCUUCUUCGUCGUCCUCUUAUCCUGGUAGCGAAGAAUAUACUGGCCCUCACGACCUUGCCUUGCUAUUCAUCAUGCUCGCAGUCGGGGCGCUCGUUGAAUCUGAUCCCAAAGUUGAGGAAGCCGAGCACCUCCACCAAAUCAGUAUGGCGGCCCUUGGUUUACAGUCAGUUCUUGAGAAACCCUCUAUCGUAACUGUACAGGCUCUGCAUCUCAUGAGCAUCUAUAACGCCAUGAGCGGCUCAGAUCUGACCAGCGAUACCAGUAUGGAAAUGACGUGGUCGUUAAUCUACCUGGCGGCGCACCUUUCCCAGUCGGUGAAUUGGCCUACGUUCGUUGUUACGCUCAUGUACAUUUCACGAGCUGAUGUCCUUGCAGAUCGCGAUAGUGCUCGAUGGGGUCUCUCUCCGAAGAUGGUCCAGCGUCGUCGUAUCCUAUUCUGGGAUCUUUUCGUCGCCGACUCCUGGACUAGCCUCAACACUGGGCGACCUCCGUCUUUUUCUUUGGCUUAUAUCGACUGCGAGUUCCCAGAUUACAAGGAUGGCCGAGGGGAAAGCGGCGGCGAUAUUAACACAAGUUUCGAAUCGUGGGGAUUCCGCUUUGCAGCUGAGUGUGUCGCCGAUGUAGCAUCAAGGACUCUCACUGCUGAAGCGCCCAGCUAUGCGACCAUCAUGGAGUUAGACAAGAAAGUGCGGGAUUUCUCACUCCCACCUCUUCCCGUAUCAUCGUCAGGGGAUCAGCGGGAAUCGUUCGCGGCAGAAUUCACACGCUGCGUCCUGGAUCAUACACGUGAAACAAUUUUACUAUAUAUCCACCGGAGCUUCUUUGCACAAGCAAUCAUAGAGCAACCCGUAAAUCCUCUCAAAAGUGCAUACGCAUAUUCAUUUCUUGCAGCAUACCGAGCUUCUUCAACAAUCCUCAAAUCCGUCAAAGAGCAGUUCCGCACAUGGCCAGCUGCCAGUGCUUGCUUCUGGAGCAUGUGGACCUUUGCGUUCUCAGCAGCGGUUGUAUUUGGCACGGUGGUCACACGAGGGCCCCGAUCUCCGUUAGCCUCGUCGGCUAUGGCUGAAUUGGACCAGGCGUGUAUCUUGUUCUCUAAGGCUGCACAGUACAGCAAUAGAGCGAGGAAAGCAUUGCCGAUACUGACCCGAUUGAGCGAGAAGGCACGCCUGGCACUUGCCGCCGCUCAAUGUGAAGAAGCAGGUGCGGGUGCAGGCUCAGAAGGCGGAGGAGGCUUACUGUGGAGUAUCAAACAAGAAGACACGGGUGAUGAUGAACUCGAUAUAUUCGCUGGUCGCACACGCUUCGUCUCUGCGAAGCAGCCGUCUGUUGCAUUAGCUCCGCCUAAUGGGUCUUCCUGGCCAAAACAGUACCAAGAUUCGGGUCAACCUGUCUACGCCCACGACCCACAUACUCCACUCAUUCAUCCUCCUUUCACGCGUCACCCUAAUCAGCCCCGGAAUCAUCCACAAGGCCAUCUGCACCAACCCCAGCAUUCGGGAGAACCACAACAAUCAACGCAGAACCCAGCGACUCUCAGCUAUACACCUGAGACCGUACGUCCCAUGCUGGAGCCAUGGGCACCUGAACGUCGCCAAUCGGAUGUCUAUUCCCAUGCUACAGCAUCCGUCCCUAUUGCUCGAACUCGUCUCGGCACCACACAGUUCCAAAGUCUAACUGUUGAUCAAUACCCGCCGCAAGAAACCCGCUCUGUCUUCAUGGAAUCUCCCUCAAACUCGUAUCCGUGGCCAGAUGCUCCUCCCCAUAAGCAGUAUUCUUCGUCCGCGAGCCCGCAUUAUGAUCAGGGGCAAUACUCAGGUGCUCAUUCGCACCAAGGUGCGUCGCCCAUGCACACACACCAUCAACAUGCGUACACUACACCAGCGUUUCACGGAACUAACAUUCAUCCUGCCCAUCCUGAGCUUGCCGCCCUCGGCCUUGCUGCUCGCGACUCUCGGCUUGACGCACGUUGGAGCGCAUUCAUGCAAGAUUCUGGUCUAUUAGAGGACCCCAGUAAUAUAAAUGGUUGA